AUGUCGCCCUCCAACAUGGGUCUCAUGGUGGUGAGCAAGCGCGGAGGCAGUGUGUGUGAGUUUCGUUCGCGUCAACAAUGGCGCGGGAACGUCGCACAGGUCGCACAGGUGGUUCGGAAUAGGCAGGGGGUGUCGCAGGCGAGGCAUCUAGGGGCGGGAGAGGGCGGGAAACUCGGCGGAGAUGGCGGCGCUCGAGACUCCGGGGGCGGAGAAGUCGUUCCUGUCAGUAACCGUAGUGAUUCCAGUAACGAUGGUGACAGUCACGUUCGUGAUAGUAGCGGGGGCAGCAGCAGCAGCGGUGCAGUGGAGUACAGAGGGGCGCCGUGGAAGGCUGACGUGGGGCGGUGGCUCGUGACGUGUAGUGACCAGCUGUCGCCUGUGACUGUAGGCGAGGCGCUCUUCUCCCGGGCGUGUCCCGGCAACUGCAGUGGCAACGGCGUGUGCAACCACGAGCUGGGGGAGUGCAGAUGCCGACACGGAUUCUCAGCUUCCUCCCACCCACUGCUCUUGCUACUCCCAAACCUUCCACCCUCUGCAGGGCCAGACUGCUCGCAGUUGCACCUGCACCAGUGCAACCUGCCUGCAUCACCCGAGUGGCCCGUGGGUACCUGGGUAGCGUCCAUCUGCCCGGCCCACUGCGACACCACCACCGCCCUCUGCUUCUGUGGGAAUGGCACGCGGUUUCCUCACCGCCCCAUCACUCACCCCUGUGGGUUCGUGUACAGGAACCACGACUUUGUCUAUAGCGAGGUGGACACGGAUCUGCUCUUCCAUGCCCACACCGGAUAUUGCAACGCUGACCCCCGAGUGGGCUUUCAGCGGGACUACAUGGGGUGUGGCAUGUGCGAUGUGGACGGGUACUUAGGCCCCUUCUGUGACGUGCGCGUGGAGUCAUACUGUGUCAACCAGUGCUCCCUACAUGGCUCGUGCCACAGAGGAUAUUGUGAGUGUUCAGAUGGCUACUUUGGAAUAGACUGCAGUGUGCCAUCCGCUUUCACGCCUCGUGCGCUCUUCACCCACCCAUCUGCAUCGCUCCACCUGGAUUCGCCUCCCGCUGACGUGGCAUCAACGGCCGUUGACACGGCAUUGGCCGGCAACGUCGAUGGGGAAAGAGGCAGCAGCCGAAGCAGCGAUGGUGACCCAAAUGGCUCCACUGCCACACCUGUCGAUGCUGUAGAAAGCACCAUGCCUGGGGGUGUGCAGCGCCGUGUGCUGCAUGGUGCAGGCGGGGAGGAGACGCACCACAGACCACGGUCCCGUCUUGGUGCUGCUGCUGGUACUGCAGGCGCCAAGUCAGGGUGGCAGAAGAGGGCCUUCUCCUGGGAUGAAGGGGCGUGCAGCGCCCCUAAAGACGUCUUUAACAGCAUCAUGCUGUCCCACUGGGGCAACACCAUGGCCGCCCACAACCACUCCACCACCGCCUAUCUCCUCGACAGCUGGCACGACAUUCCGGCAGCCCUGCGCGGGCAGCACCCGUGCUUCGACCCGCUAAAGGACGUGGUCAUGCCCGCCUUCAAGCCGCCCAGUGCGGAGCACCUCAGGGGGCGGCUGUGGCUCAAUCCAGUGGAGCAGCGGCAGCGGCUGUUCUUCUUUGGAGGCAACUUGGGUCUCAACUUCUCCCACGGCCGCCCAGAGGCCAAGUACGUACACACACGCACACACAGGCCAAGUGCACGCGCGUUUUCACACGCAGAUGCCAAUCUUCUCAGUACCCACUCCCUCCUACUUGCGCUCCCUCUUCCCUCCCCCUUUCCACACCCCCUCCUCCAUCCCCACCACACCCACGGCAGCUACAGCAUGGGCAUCCGGCAGCGAGUGGCGCUGUACUUUGCAUCGCAGCCCAACGUGCAUGGCCACGUGGGACUGCUGUCCCACCCUGACGUCCUCGUGCUGUCAGGGCCCGUCCCUGACUAUGCCCAGCAGCUCGCCUCAUCGCGCUUCUGUGGGGUGUUCCCAGGGGAUGGCUUCAGUGCGCGCAUGGAGGACAGCCUGCUGCAUGGCUGCAUCCCCUGCAUCAUCCAGGAUGGCAUAGAGCUGCCGUUUGAGAAUUUCCUCGACUACCCAUCAUUCACAGUGCGCAUAGCAGAAGCCGACAUCCCGAACCUCGUCACCAUUCUCAACUCCUUCUCAUCCCGCCAAGUGCGGGCCAUGCAGCGGGCGGCGAGCCUUGUCUGGAUGCGGUGGUUCUACCGGUCGGCAGUGCUGCAGGAGGCGGGGCGGCAGAGGGCGUGGGGGAAGGAGGUGGGAGAGUGGGUGGCGGGUUUGGAGGGCAUGGAAGGGGAUGAUGCCGUCGACACACUCCUGCAGAUAUUGCAUGUGAAGCUGUAUCGUGAUGCAUGGAGGCUACAUCAGAACCACACAGCCACACAUCCUAGUCUUGUUCCUGCUUGCAAUGCUACGACCAAUUCAGAAGCCGGAGGGAGCUUCUUAAAAGCGAAAUCGCUGGACGGGGUAGUGAAGGAGAUUAAGGACGAGUUUAGAACGGACGUCCGCGACGCGCAGGUUCUGCUUGCAGCGAUCCGAGCAGCCGUGAUAGGGGCAGUCGAAAACAUUCUCGGGUCUGCCCGCGAGCAAGCAGCAGCAGUGAAGCGACGCGGCCUGCCAAAGCUGCUGGCUGCGAAGCGGUGGCACCAAGUGGACCAAUGGAAGCAACCCCAGUCGUGGACGGCACUACGGUGGGUUGUAGCAGCGCUCUACCUCGCUGCUACAGCCGUCUUCUGCCGGGCGGCGGGCCGCACUGUAGCUGCCAGGCUGGCAAGCCGGCCGGCCACGGUGGAGCGGUUUUUGGAGUUUGCCAUCCCAGAGCCCACCCCUGAAAACGUCCGCCUCGUGCGGGAGCAGCGGUGGAGGGCGCAGGCGCCGCCAGGGCUAUCAGUGGUGAAGUGGAGGAUGGACCGCGACGGGCGGUGGGAGAAGGACCCUUCCUUUGUGGGCGAGACCGCGUGGCAGCACGAGGGCGCUCUGGACCGAUCCUCGGCCACUGGGCUGCUGACACGCGCAGCAGGAGGAGGAGGUGGGUUGAUCAAACACGCCUGUAGGUGCAACUUCUUUCUUUCUCCCCAUGCUAACCCCCUUGUCCUCUCACCAUUCUUCUCCCAUCCCAGCGACGAGUACGUCUACGAGUACGUGUACGACUGGGAUCUGAUUCAGGCGCAGCAGGAGGAGGAGGCGCCUUCAGAUGCAGCUUCUUUCAUUCCCCCUUACCAAACCCUUUUGCUCUCCCUGCCCUCUCCCCUCCAUCCCCCUUCCCAUCCCCCCCCUCCCAGCUACGAGUACGUGUACGAUUGGGACCUCAUUCAAGCUCAGCAGGAGGAGGAGAUGGCGAGGCGGGCGCGGGGGGAGGGCGAGGCGGACAGCCCAGCCGUGUGGCUGCAGCGGCGGUGGUGGAAGCACCGACCGGGCAUGCCGUAUGUGUGGCUGCUGCACAAGAUACAAACCAACGAGGUCGAGGCGGCGGUUUUUACUGCUGACAUGCGCCGGCUGUAUGUCACCAUGAAGGAAGGGUUUCCCGCUGAGUUCAAGGUGGACAUCCCAAUCGACCCCUUCCUCUACCCCUCGCUGCUGCUCAAGGGAGUGAGCGUGGACAUGCUGCCGCGCUCGCGCCUCUUCUUCCUGCGCGGGGUGGCGGCGCUGCUGCCGUCGCUGGUGCUGCUGGGCGGCAUCGGGGCCGCGCAGAUCGUCUUCAAGCGCCGCGUGGACGACAAGAUCCAUGACUACAUCUACAUGGACCGCUCGCAGCUGCUGCUGCCCGAGGACGUGCACAGGGAGGGGCAGCGCAGCGCGUAUGACGAUGUGGUGAUGGCGGAUGACAUCUGGGAGGUGCUGGAGGAGGUCAUGGCUUACAUGCGCGACCCCAUGCUGUACCACGACCAGGGCAUUAAACUGCCCCGGGGCAUUUUGAUCAGCGGGCCACCCGGCACGGGCAAGACGCUGCUGGCGCGGUCCAUCGCGCGCGAGUGCGGGCUGCCGUUUGUGUUCACGUCGGGGGCUGAAUUCGUGGACUCCACGUCGGAGAGUGGCCUUGACAAGGUGUUCAACAUCUUCUUCACUGCUCGUGCCAAUGCGCCAUCAUUCCUGUUUGUGGAUGAGAUCGACGCCCUGGCGGGCAAGAGUGUCCUCAAGGACCCUGAGAGGCGCGACGUGUAUGAAGAGUUUCUUGCCGAGCUGGACGGCGAGGAGGAGCACACGGACGUGGAUCGCUUCUCGCUGCGCCAGGCGGUGAUCCUGAUCGCAGCCACGAAUCGACCGGACGAGCUGGACGAGGGGCUCACCAAGGCGGGGCGCAUUGACCGUGAGAUCCACGUGGGGCUUCCGAGUGAGGAGCAGCGCAUCGCCAUCUUUGGCGUUCACUCCAGGAACCGCCUGCUGGCGCCCUCAGUGGACUUCUCUAAGGUUGCAUUCCGCACCAUAGGCUUCUCAGGAGCAGACAUCCGGAACUUAGUGAACGAGGCGGGCAUCAUGGCGGUGCGGCGCGGCCACACGGUGAUAGAGCAGGGCGACGUGGUGGCAGCGCUGGACAAGCAGCUCUUUGAGAGCCUCGGGAUCUCCAUGACCGACGAUGAGCAGCAGCGGCUGUUCGCUAAGGGAGACGUGGUGGCAGCGCUGGACAAGCAGCUGUUCGAGAGCCUUGGUAUGCCCAUGACCGACGAUGAGCAGCAGCGGCUGUUUGCUAAGGUCCCAGCGGUGGUGAGGAGGGUGCUGGCAGUGCACGAGGCGGGUCACGUGCUGCUCUCCCACCUCUUCCCCUCCUUCGACUGGCACGCCUUCACCCACAUCCUCCCUGGCGGCCAGGAGAGGGCACUGUCGGUGUUCUAUCCGCGGCAGGAGAUGCUACUCAAGGGCAGCACGAGCGUGGGGUACCUGCACAUGCAGAUGGUGGUGGCGCAUGGCGGCAUGUGCGCCGAGCGCCUUGUGUUUGGGAAUGACCAUGUCACUGACAACGGCCAGGACGACCUCAUGAAGCUCUCCCAGAUCGCGCGGGAGAUAGCGAGCAGCCAUGCGAAUCCACGGUUUGGGCUGAUGCCCAUCACGAUGCAUCCCAUCAUGGAGCCACCAGGCUUCCCCGAUGAAGUCGAGCUCAUCCCCUCCUCCUGGUCUCGGCCCGGCACGCAAGUGGCAGCCAUGUCAGUGGAAAUGUCUGAGAUCUUCACACGGGAAGUUACAUGGAACAUAGAGCUAACGGAGCGCAUGGCGAUGGAUGCAUUGAGGCGCAACCGGGCCAUUCUGGAUAGAAUCACGGACCACCUCGUGGAGCACUUCCGCAUCUCCGGCCUUGAGGCGGGAGAGAUAGUGCAUUCCAUGCAGCCUCAGAUGUUGCCAGACCUGCUCGAGCCAGAAGCAGACGCAGAGGCGGCAGAGGAGGAUGCUGACCCAGCCACGCCCCCGGACUGGAACCCGGAGCAGCCAGGGCGGUACCAGUACCUGGAUAUCUACCCUGCCCCCCUGCACCGCUGCUGA